AGUCGAGACGACUCGGGUGAAAAGGAUGAAGUUUCAACUGUUGCUGCCUCUGACCAUAGCGUUGACUGUGGCCUUGGUGGUGGUCAUUAAAAGCCGCAAGCAAGAGCACGACAAAGUGGACAAACGGAACAAGUUCGAGCGCAUUAAGCUGCGGGUGACCAACGACGUCCUGGGAGAGCACCAAACGGAGAAGAUUGCCUUGGAGAAUAAAAUCGACAUCGCAGAAAAGGAGGGCGAAGCUCUGCAGACAGAUGCGGAGUCGUGUGAAAAGAAAGCCUCGCAGAAGAGGAAAGAGGUGGAAGUGUGCCGAGGAGCUGUGAAAUCACUGAUAGACGGUGUGGCUGCACUAGAGACGGAACUCAGUGAUCUGCAUGGUGAAACGAGUAAAGAGAAGAACUCAUGGACUGACAAACUGGAAUCACUGAAAAAGGAACUACAGGUGCCAAGUGCAGUGUGUGCCUUUUUGAAGAAAGGAUCAGAUUCUGCAAGUAAAUUGUGUAACAGUAAACCAGAAGAACUGAAGGUAGAGGCGCCUCAACCAGAAGCACCGAAGGUAGAGGCGCCUCAACCAGAAGCACCGAAGGUAGAGGCGCCUCAACCAGAAGCACCGAAGGUAGAGGCGCCUCAACCAGAAGAACCGAAGGUAGAGGCCCCUAAACCAGAGGACCCGAAGGUAGAGGCCCCUAAACCAGAGGACCCGAAGGUAGAGGCCCCUAAACCAGAGGAGCCGAAGGCAGAGGCUCCUAAACAAGGAGCAAGGGUUGAGGACUGAACCUGAGCAGCAGAGGCUUCUAAACAUGAAGAUCCAAAGUGUAUAGGCCUGACACAGAAGGAGUCUGAAAACUUUUGCGUCAUUUUCUACUAAUGUUGCACGACUUCAGAAGUUGCCAUAUUGGAUUUUGCUAUUCAAUUUCAACAUGUUAUUUAUUUUUGUGGAAUAAAUGAAAUGGUCUCUGAACAUCUGCCUCUAUUGGAUGCAUGUUCUGUGUUUAUAGUUACGCAAUCAUCAGCAACAUCAUUCAAACAAAAUGAUUUAAUCUCUCCAUACAUGGUCUGAGUAAAACAGAUUUAACUUGAUGAUCCGGGUGGUAAAAGUACCUUUUCACAUCCUGUCUGACUGGUAGCAGGUGUUUGGCUUCUCACAUGCAAUUCCUUUGUGUAUUGCUUAGAUUGUGCAGGAUCUGCAUUGUGGUCAUGGAUUACUUGUUAUCAGGAACACUGCAUGCACAUGAACAUGAAGUAGAUCAAAUACAAUGUAAGAGGAAAUGAUCAUGAACUUUUAAUGAGAUUCACUAAUGUAACUAAAAUAUUUUACUGUAGAUAAUGGCCCACAAAAGAAAAAAAAUAGUGAAAUCUUUAACUACGCCUCUGUGUGCAUGUGUGUGUGUGUGUGUGUGUGUGUGUGUGUGUAUGUGUAAGUUU